AUUUCCGUGAUGAUAAAACGUAAAAUUGAAGAUAAGGCAAAGGUCAAUUUCAAAGUAAAGGUGAAAUUAUAACCUACUUGACAAUUUUCAGUAAAUCAGUAAAUUAUAAUUACUGAAAAUUAACUUUGAGCAGGAUUAUAUUUCAAAUUAAAUAAAAUUAGAUGGCCAAUACUAAUAAAUUGAUGGGUGCUACUAGGUAGGCACACUUAUUUAUUAAGACUUAUUUUAAUUUAAACUUAAACCAUCUUUACUAGGCAUACCCUACACUACACUUACACUUACACACAUUCACACCAUUGUUGUCAUUCAUUAUCAUACUAACUAUGGCCUAUGACUAUGAGUGUGAAUCAUACUCAUAGUCAUAGUACAUAUAGGCCAUGCCAAUACAACUAUAAAAAACUUUAGGUCAACAAUUGUAUACUCAAUUUUCAAUAGUAACUCUAAGUUAGUCUAAGUAACAUAACACUAACACUAUCUAUUCUCACUCUCACCAAAAGCAAAGGCCUUAUAAUUAUUAAUGUAAUUCAUAGUUUAUUUUAUUAAAGUUAUAGUCAUAGUUAAUAAAUUAUAGCUAAAUUCAGAGAUGUUUAGUCAGUAUGUUCUAAAUCCAAGUAUACUUUUAUUGGCUUUAAAUUUGAAAUAGGCCUAUUGUUACUAAGUUAAGCUAAGCAUAUUUUUUUUAUCAUUUUAAAACAUUUACUUUCAUAAUUUAGAUGUAGGGGGCGUCCAUUAAAUACGUCAACAAUUUUUAAGCAAUUUUUGACGCCCCUCCCUUGUCAACAACCAUCAAACUUUCAAUAACCCCAACCCCCCACCCCCCAAGUAAUGAUGUCAUGUCAACAUUUGUAACACACCCCCUGCCCCCAAUGAAUUAUAAUAUAAAUAAAUAUAUAAAUACAUUUUACUUUUAUGCUGAUCUAUUUUAAUAGCCCAAAAUUGUAAAAAAAAACAUUUUAUUGCAUCUUUAGCUUAUUAAUCAAUAAGUUACAAAGUUUUACACUUACAUUUUAUAAUGCAGAAUCAAUGAAAAGGUUGUUAAAGACUAAAUAUAAUUUUUUUGUGUGUGGAAUUAGAAAUAUGAUUAUUGUCAGUAUAGCUGACAAUUGUAGUUUCUAGCUGCUAUCAUCUUCCCAGGGAUAAGCCAAGUGUUGCUCUAUGGUAAAAAUGGGCAUAGUGCUGAUUUGUCAUUUUCAUCUUGCGGAACUGAUAAACCAGACAAGUCAACAUCAUCCUCAUCUAACCAUUCAGCACUUAAAAUAGAACCAUUGUCAGAGUGAGCAAUAAUUGCCAUAAGCUCUCUCUGUCUCCUGGCAGCUACUUGCAUUAGUCGAAUCCUUUUUUUAAAAGAGCAGGUGGUAAUUUCUUAUGCGUUGUCGGUGCUGUUGAGCUUGCUAAUACAAAAUGACUUGUGAUGCAAAAUAGAUGUUAUAGAUUUUGCAAAUCAGUUCAAGCAGCGAUGUUAUUAUUUUUACUCACUUUACUGUCCCCUAAUUAUCAAAAUAUACCUCCUCCCCCUUGUCAACUAUUGUCAAACAUUUCCAAACCCUGUCCCACCAUUUUGUUGACAUCAUUAAUGGAUGACCCCUGGCAGUAUAAUUAUACAUUUAUUUAUUUAUCAUAUUAGUAUUAAUUUUAUCAUUGUUGUCUAACUUAAUUUAAGUAAGCUACUACAUUAUUUUCAUAUUCUUUAAAGUCUUUAUAUUAUUUUUAUAAGUAAAUUAAAGUAAAUGAUGUGUAAAUAAGUCAGAUUUAGAUAUGACAUAAAUUAAAUUAUAAUUAUAGUAUAGAAUACUAUUUAUAGUGUAUAUGGGGGCAAUUAAAAAAAUGGUUGAGGAGUGUUUCAUAAAGUUUGACAAUUUUCAUAGAAUUGGGGCUACCACGGCGGCAAGUGAGAUGGAAUGAAAGAUUUUGGACGAGGGGUGGGGGUGAUUUAUAGUAAAUGUUAUAUGCGAGGGAUUCUUAAAUUUAUCACAGUGCUCAUCUCCUCUCAAUUUCUAAAUACCGGUAUAAACAGCAAUCCUCCCCAGCCCUGUAUAAUUUAAAUAGAAAUAGCAUUUUUAAAAUGAAAUUAAUUUAUUUAUUGUCAUAUUAUUUGUCUAAUUAAAUUUCUAUACAAGAACAAAAUUAAUACACGUACCGGUAAUGCACAAAGAAAAUUUACCCCCAAAAAAUUUAUAGCUGCUGCUAUUCGAAAUGCAUAAAAACUGAUUUUAUAUUUAAAGGCAGAAACAACUAGCAAUGGCAGCAAAUGAAAUUUAUAUUCUGGGUCUUCUGCACCACAGGUGGUGCUUUCAUCCCAUUUUAAGAACCACUGGAAAUGUUUCUUACACAGGUGCAGUAAUUUGAUAUUCAUGGGAGGUGAUUUUUGUAAGGGCUUGUAAAGGACAGUAUGGACGGAUGGAUUUUUAUAAGGGGCAGGGGGUGCAAAGGUUUGUGAUGUUAUAUUGGAAUAGGGGGUCUAACUUUUUGUGAAGGUGUGUGAUGAUUGGGGAGGGGGAGUCAAAAUUCGAUAAAUUUACUUGAUGUCAUUUAUGGAUGCCCCCAAAAGACAGAAAGAAGUAAAGAGGUGAAAGCAACAAUCACUAACUGAGAAAAUUAUGAUAUUAUAACACUGACUGACUAUACAAGGAUGAUGUCAGCCAGUUCCAUAAUAAUAUAGGAAUGAUACAUUAAUUAUUUGCUAUAUAUUUUUGAAGGAAUAAGAAAAAAAACUAACAAUAAAUUAAGUAACAAUAAUUUUUAGACCUGUUUAAUUCUUAAACUAUUCUGCAAUAUAACGUUUACUCUAGUCAUAGACUUUAAUUGUUAUAAAAAAGAUUGUUGUUUACAAAAUGUAAAAAAUUGUUCCUGGCGAAUAUCUUUGUGAAGCAUUAAAAAAAUCCAUAGUUAUUUAUGACAAAUUUUGACAUAUAUAUUGGGGUGGGGGGUGGGUUUGCUUGAAAUUUUGAUAGUUGUUGACAAGGGUGAGGGAGGGUGUCAAAAAUUGUCUAAAAAUUUUUUACUUAAUUGAUGAACAGCCCCUAUAAAGUGCUAUGUUAGAUGAUAUAUUUAACAGCUACUCCUGACCACUGAUGUCCUGACAUAAAGAUGCAUAUUCAAAAUAUUAUCUUAUGAUGUUCAUUUAAAUUACUGAUCCACCUCAAUGCGUGACAUGGGGCCUAUCUCAAUGCGUGACCUAGGACCCAUGUCAAUGUGUGACAUGGAACAAAUACAAAUUACAUCAUGUAAAGUAGACCUAGACCUAAUAAAUAUCAUAAGCCAAAGUAUGGAAAUUUAUGACUCAAGCCCCCAUAGGGAUUAAUUCUUUUUUUUUUUUUUACUAAGUCUGACAAAAAAACAGAAAAAAAUAGGUCUGCAGGUUUUAAUUUGUGCAGAAAAUUUCAGGAUAAUACCCUUAAGUCCAUGCUAUCUAAUGUAUUUAAGUUGGAAAACACCCGCAAAAUAGGGAUGGGUUUCAUAAUUGUCCGUCUACAUUAGUGCAACACAAAAUGAAAAUUAAAAGAUAUGUAGGUUGUGAAAUUUAAAAGAAAAACUACAGGGUAUGCAAAAUUAAUUGAUUUUACAUAGUUUUCAUUGGGUAGCCAAAUUCCAGCAAUCAGAAAAGUUGUAUUUUAGUAGCAGUUUUACAGAAAUUUUAGCCUUAUAUUGAGUUUUUAUUUUUUUUUAUCCAUAAUCUAAAAAGAAAUUUCAUAUGCAACUUUAUGAUCUUUAAACUCAAGUAAAAACAGUGGACACAUUAGAUCUAAUUAGAACCAAGUACUAUUUCAUUGAAAAACUUCAAUGCUCAUUAUAUUUGUGUUUAUAUUCUAUUUUUUUAGAAUUGCAUCCUUUUGGAAAAGAUCUGUGCUUUGCAACUUGCCUGUGACAAACUUUAGGGUAUCUGAAACUCCAUAUUUAAAUGCUAAAUUAACACUCCCAGGGUUAAAUUUAGAAAGCCUAGAUUUUGAUGGUAAGUUUUGCCUCUUAUAAAUAAAAUAAGAUCUACCAUGUAGGCCUAUACUCGUUCUAAAGACAAUGUUUCUGGAAAUAUUUUAGGGGAACAAGUGGGAUCUUUGUCUAAAGAGCGGGUUAUAGGGGAAUUUUAAUAAUUUUCUUCAGGUACAUUGAAUAAUGAAAUUUUUUGUGUAACUCGCUGAGAUUCCAGGCUACCAUUAGCCGUCUCAAUUGUUCAUGAUUUUCUGGUACCAGUAGCUGUAAAUCUAGAUAUUUCAUAUCUGGAAUGAGAUAUUUAUAUAAUUUUUAUCUAAAUAGAUAUUUUUUAGAUGUUAUUGUCUCACAACACAGUUUAAUUUAAAAUAUUUUUAAUUUCAAUGAAACUUAAAUUUGCUCACUUUUUAAAUAGUUUUAAACCCUGGCAUAUUUCAGGAAAUCCAGAAAGUUAUUUAAUCCAGAAAAUAGCUGUAGACUAAAGUAAAAUAUUAUUCUAAACAAAAUAGAAGCUUUAAUAAAUAAUGUUGUACAUCACACACUUAAAUAGUAUUCUUUAGUGUCUUUUUCUUUUUUAUUCUAUGCAUUUGAUAGGUUUAGUUUUUAGAGCAAUAGCCUAUAGGGGCUAAAUUUUUUCCAAGCUGCGUAUCAAAUAAUUAAAGAAUUUUUAGGAUUUUGUUCAAUUAUGCUAUGAUUUAUGAUGGAAAGACAGUUAUUUAAUCUAACUUUGAUUUGUAAAAAAAAAAUAAAUCUAAAGCUAGUUGCAGUAAUUACAAUUUUCAAAAGUUCAAGUUCAAUCAGCAACAGCAAUUACAAGCCUUAAUAAGAUUUAAUUAAUUGUUGGUUAGUGAAAUACUUUAAAUUAACAGCACAUUUUUUAUACCAUCAAAUCUCAACCUCUAGCCUUGAGAAAUUUUUAAUUGUACAUUGUUAUAUCUCAUAUAUCACUGUUAUAUUUCAUAUACCAUCACAUUUGAUAAUUAAAAUAAAAGGGUCUCUAUAUUUUUUAGGUAAUCCAAAAGUCACAAGCCUUUUAUCACUAUGUAACACAGCAAGACUUUCUACUUUACAAAGACCUUAUGGAGAAAGUUCUUUUCAGGACAUGCUCUCAGUUACUCAAGACAAAAUGUGCUUUGUCACUUCCACAAGUGUCAGACUGUCAAAAAGACUGUAUGAUUUUCGUGUUCCAAAAUGGACCCUGGAUGCAGAAAUUGCUCUUUCUUUUGUAGGAAACACAUCUGUGGCUAAUACUGUAAGUUUUUUCCUGCCAGGGGAAUCGAAUGAGCCUUUGUGGAAGCAUGUUUUUCAGAUAGUUACUGUUGAUAAAAAUACUAGGAAGCCUCUAGCCCUACCAGAUUGGUUCAAAGCAAAAUAUGCAGGAAAAGGAUGUGACGCUAAAGGUCUCAUUAUCAAACCAUUUCAAAAACCAACAAAGACAAUUUGUGAGCAGAUUCAAGUAAGUGGGUUUGAUUUUUUUAAAGCUAAGUAAUAGUGUUCGAAUAAAUGGUUUAAAAAAACUGAAAUCUUGUUAGCUUGUGCCAGUUAUUCCCCCCGAAUACUGCUAUGCUGCGCCAGUUUGCUAAAAAUUGAUAGUCUGAGUCAGUUUUCUCUGAAAAAUAAUGUGAUUCCCUCAACAGUGUUUACAAAAGUGGGGAAGCUUUUUGAAGAGCAGACAUCAAAACUGAAAUUUAAUUUUCUUGACAGUAGCAAGAAGUUUUCAUUUUCAGCCCCACCACAGUGGGAGGUGAGGAGGGGGGUGACAUUCAAUCUUAAUAGGUGCUCAGGUGGGACAUGGGGCAAAAAAUGUCGGGUAAAACUGCUCUUGAGAUUAAUAAAAUUGAAUAGCACACCUAUGAAAUGCAUUAUAAAGUUCAUUAAAUAUAUUAACUUGGUAAGGCAUGGAACAUACUAAUCCUUCUCACAAAUUACCAUCCUUUUAAACUUCAUUAAUUCAUUAUUUGACAUAUAUCCUUGAUUAUAUUUUAAAACAUUCAUGUCAAGAAACCAAAGGCAAUAGAAUAUAAAUAGAAGCUGAAUUUAAUUGUUUUUAUUUUGUGAAAUCCUGGAAAAAAUAAAUUACAUGAGUCAGAAAUUGUUUGAAGUUAAUCUGUAAGUAAAACUCAAAUGAAACAUCAAUGAAUAAACAUUGUUGAUUUUUUUAAAUAAAGCAGGCACAUUGUUAUUCAUUACUUAAUAUUUCAGGUUGUGUCAUCAGAUACAGAUUUAAACCAUCACACUAGCUAUAUUGCAUACAUUGGUUAUGCAUUGGAUGCGCUGCAUGCUACAGUAUAUCGCAGUAAGGAGAACGACGAGAAAAAAACAAAUGGUGUUUUACUACAUAGCAUAGAUGAAGAUGUCAUUUCAAAUGGAUUGCAAUAUGUGGAGGUUGUCUAUCUCAAUGAAAGCCUGCUUGGUCAAAGUUUAGAUGUCCACCUAUGGCAAGUUGAAAAUGAUAAGAACAUACUGUUUUCAAUAGAGCGAGAUGGAGUUCCUUUAUGUCAAUUGAAAUUAAAUUAUUUUGCAGAUCGGUUACAUGAUAAACCUAUUUAUGUCUUUGUCUAAUUUUAAUUAUAAUCUGCACAUUAUUAUUAAUAUUAUCAUCUAAAAGUUCAUCAUUUUUUAAAAAUCUUAUGUUGAAGAUUCUCACCUUGACAAUCCUAAAGUUCUGCAAUUUACUUUAAAAUAGUGGAAUAUUAAUCUUUUUAUUUUACCAAGUGCGUAUAAUCAGAUUUUUUAGAGCUCCACUCCAGGUAACUAUGGUAAUAGUUUCUGGAGCACAGCUCUGGAAAGUAAUGAGAUGAAAGGAGAGGUCAUGGUGUAGAGGGCUGUGUGGGGG